AUGCACGCACUGAUGAUGCAGACCCUGCGAGAUAGAGAUCAUAGAGUAGCAUCCCGAGCUAUGGACGUCAGGGGCGUAGACAUAUUCGACCAAUUCCUGAGACUACGACCACCGACUUUUGGAGGAGCGCCUGACCCAGUUCAAGCUGAACAUUGGCUAGCUAGGGUCGCCAAAAUGAUGCGGCCUAUAGAGUGUACGAAUUCUCAGAUGGUCACGUUGGCCACAUAUCUGCUCGAGGGUGAGGCAGAGAAUUUGUGGAACAGCGUGCAAAGAGGCGUACCAUCUGGGUAUGCCUGGACAUGGGCCGGCUUCAGGAUAAAGUUCCUGGAGAAGUAUUUCCCUCGGUCAUGUCGAAGCAAGAAGAUUGCACAGUUUUUAAAGCUGGAACAAGGGAGCCUCACGGUCGCCCAGUACGAGGUGAAGUUUGAUGAGCUAUCUCAGUAUGUACCCAAAGCCCUCGAAGACGAGGAGUACAAGUUAGAGAAGUUCAAGGAGGGGCUGAAGCUCGGGAUACAAUCCCAGUUGUGCACCUGGGAUUUUAGAGAUUUUCCUGAGCUGGUGGAUAAGGCAAUGUGA